AUGGCAGCUCUCUGUCACGCGCUGGAAACUGUGAGGCGGGAUUUAAAACGAACUGACAGGGAAAUAAAAAGGCGUUUAAGGCUUCUAGACAUGAGUUGCUGCCCUAAGUUUUGCGAUGUGCAGGCCCACUGCUGCUGUGAUAUAAAUCUCCAUCCAUACUGUUGCUGCCUUCUCCAUCCGUACCCCCAUUGCCUGUGUGACAUACUAUGUUGCCGUCCCUGUCGGCCCCUCUGCCUCUCAACCUUGGAGCGGAAAGCUAUUAGAGCUAAAAUAGAAGCUGAGCAAGAACUGGCCAGGAUUCGAAGAAGGGUUUGUAAAAUGAUGGCAGCAUGUAGUCGUCCAAAGCUUUUAGCUUUAAUGGAUGUUAAAGGUUUUGAUCCAGAAGACAUUACAGUGAAAGUGCAAGAUGGGAAGGUUAAAGUUUGUGCUGAACAUGAAGAAGAAUUUAAGACUUGUAGAGGGAAAGAAUACAACUAUUCAACUGUCACCAAGGAGAUCUGUUUACCACCAGGGAUUUGUGAGAAUGAAGUAACGUACAGCAUAGGACCGACCAGUCUUGUGAGGAUAGAGUCACCUUGCUGUGUACCUUGUUGUGGGCCUCCUUGUUGUGGGCCUCCUUGUUGUGGGCCUCCUUGUUGUGGGCCUCCGUGUUGUGGGCCUCCUUGUUGUUCGCCUCCUUGUUGUCUUAAACUUUAA